UGACGCUCGAAAAAGGCUUAAAUUUGACAAAAUAUGGAGUCUAAAAUCAUAUCCGAUUUGGCUAAACUAUUAAGAAAAGACGGCGAUAAAAUUCUGAAUGAAAAAUGUCGACUCACACUCUCUGGACCUAUAUUGAACGACUUAAACGAAGCCUUUUGUCUAAUAGCUGAAAGGGAUGUUUAUAAUACUACUUUUCAAGUUAUUCCUGCGAAUAAUAUGAAAGCAGAGAUAUUUUUAGAUUUACAGUUUCUACAUGACUUUGUGCAAAAAACUUUGUGUUUAAGCAUCACCGAAGACUUGAGUAGUAAGAAGAAUUAUAAUGUUGAUAUUAGUAAGUUUAGGAAUUUAAGGUCUUUAGAAGUGCAUAAGAUACCUAUAUUAACAGUAAGAGGCUUACAGAGUUUACGUGCACAAUUACAAAGUUUAACGUGCAUCCGUUGUGUUGAUAAUAUAAAAGACAUAUUGUCUUCUUGCGGAGCUGAUCACAGCACAGGUUUUGUAUGGUCAGAGUUAAAAGAAGCCAAGUUCUCUUACAAUUGUUUACAAAGCAUUGAUUCAAGUCUUGAGUAUCUACCGUGGCUCCAAGUACUUGAUUUAAGCCACAAUCGCAUAGUCACUGCCGAAGCCCUGAAAUGGCUACCUAACCUCAAAUACAUCAAUCUUAGUUACAAUAAACUUGAAGAGAUUCCUAUGUUUCAUGUCGAAUCUGGAAGGAAGUUGCAGAUAUUAAAAAUAAGCAAUAAUGAUAUAGAGACUAUAACAGGUGUCAAUCGGUUGGAAGCUCUGUGCGAGUUGGAUUUAGCUAAUAAUUAUAUUAUAGAUCAUUCGAAUUUAGUGCCUGUUUCGUAUUUGCCCCAUUUGAGGUGGCUGACGCUUGCAGGAAAUCCUCUAUCCUUUCAUCCGGAACACAGGAAGCUGACUGCGAAGUAUUUGCAUAGGAAUGCAGGAACUAUUAAGUUCUGUCUGGAUCAAAUCAAGUUGUCGAAAGUGGAAAACAACUUGACAGGAUCCUACAAAAUUGCCCAGCGUCUCCAAAGAUCUCCAAGAAAACAUUUGAAUUCAGUAAGCUCCACACAAUCCAACGAGACCAGUGCCAGCGAAUCCACAGCAUCAGAUAUUAGGAUAUUCGAUUCAAGUUUAUCUCGUCUCAAGCCUAUCAAAACAGUAAAAGUACGAAACGCCAUCAUAGCAGACCUGGACGACGACAAUAAUUUAGACAGCGAUGGCAAUCAGACACGACAGAGUAACAGUUUACAUGACAGUACGACUUCUGCAAAUGAUACAUCAGAAGAUAUGUCUCAUCUGGAGACCAAGAGACAGCUGACUGACCUUCGAAGCCAAUUUGGAGACGCUUGGCUGCAUAGCCAGGGCGGUUCUUUGGUUCAGCAUAUUUUGGGAAUGACACCGAUGACUGGAGUCACUGGUGACGGAGGUAUGGGGGAUGGUAAAUGUGGUGCUGAGGAUUCGGAGGAUGGGGGAAAGGAUUGUCAAGGUCAAGAAACAAAAAUGGGAAUGCCACUUCUAUCGUCUACACCGAAAAAUGAAAAUCAAUCAAAAACGUCCUCGAAUAAUACUCUAUACACAAGCAUAAUUGGAACAAGCACUGAAGAUUUCACAUCAGUCACAUCGAAGACAAAAGACAGUGAUGAAAAUUCGAAGGAAACACCAAAGAGUUCUCAUUACAGUUCUGUGAUAUCCGAUGAUAAUAAUGAGACACAGGAAGGCAAUGAAAGCGAUACAAAUUCAGAUAAUGGAGUUGAAGAACACACCUACUUAGCUCGUACCGAGAACAAUCUCGGUGCUCAAAUCGAAUUGUUUGUAAUAAUUACGGAUAAAAUUAUUAAAGAAUGUUCAGUGCUGACUGGAAAAACUUUAACAAAAUGGUCUCUGUCUACUUUACUUAGUUGUGAACGAACAAACUCUACUAGUUUAACAAUUUGUUUUGACACUAUUCGAAGGGACAGGAAUCAGAGGAAAUAUGUUUUGGAACAAGGAGAUGCCCAGAAACUGGAUUCUCAUCUGAGAGAGAUUUUAUCAGCUCGACCAUUGCAAGAAAUGAAUCAAAUAGUUUUAAGAUGUAUGAAAUGCUCGAUGCAGUUUACGAGGGAAAUCCAGCAGAUUGUUGUUUCCAGAUUACCAAACGAUAAAUCUGAUACCACACCUUGCCCAUCUUGCCACAGUAAAUUAGUUGUAGAAGUUGAAGACGAUUCAGCGAUUCACAAACCGUUGAAAACAGAAAAACCACAACAAAUUCAAGUUGUACAAGAAAACAACAGUCAUGUGCAGUUCGACUUGCAACACUCUCAAUCUCAAUCUAGCAUAGGAUCUGCAAACUCUUUAGAAGAUAGCAUAACCGAUAGUACAGUAAGCGUAGCUGGAAGUGAUAUUGAAGUUUUAAGUAAUCCGAGUCAGAGUAGCAUUGAAGUUUUACACAGGAAAAGAUCAUCAGAAGAACGCAGACUGAUGGCUUAUCCGUCUUUAGACACAAUCCACGAUGUUAUACACAACAAUGCGACGAAAUUGAAAGCCAGAAAUCAAAGCCUAACAACCACUAACACUCUAACGGAAAGUAGUUCUUCUGGAUCCAUGACGAAUAGCGUGUGCACUGCCAUUGAAAAUGACAAAUCCAGUGAAUCACAUACACCCAACAAUGGAGUACUUUCUGAUUUUAAAAAUGGUAAAAGUAACUUGUCGAGUAGCCCUUCUAUUAUUUCAUCUAUGCUUGAAGGUUUAUUUCAAAGUGCGAAUAAUUUAAUAAUGAAAAAAACGAACGAUGACUCGAAGACUUCACCAUCACAAAACUUAGAAUCUCAUCCUGACGAUUCCAGCGAUCAACUCUUUUCCUAUUCCUACCAAGAUUUCUCAAUUGUGGACCAUCGAUUGACUUUACAUCUGUACCAGAAUAUAUUCACGGAUGUAAAUGAGACCCUUAAGUGGCUUGUUAGGUGUGAAAUUGUUUUGCAGAACUUUGACAAAUCUAGUUUGACGAAAUUGGAGGGUUGUUUUGUGUUAACGAAUACUAGAUUGCAUAUUUUGAAGAUUGUUGACAAGGAAAGAGGUGACCCAAGCAAAUGGCUUCAGAAACACCAAUCGUUCCAGAUACACAAAUUGUGUUCCAUAGACCUACUGCCUUACAAGCAAGGAAUAUCUUUCAAUAUAGAACAGACAAAACCUAGCCCUAAUUUAACUGUUUUGUGUUUAUUGAAAGACGUACAAAGGACCAACAAUUUAUUGGCUUAUUUAUCAGAAAACAAAAUAUCUUCCACCUGCAACUUAAACUGCACAGUACCGACUAGUCUCAAUACAAAGUUACAAAAAGUAUUAACCGAGGAAAAAGCUGCAGGGUCGCAGAACUCAUCACCGAUUUUAACUUCCAACAAAAUGCAACAGUUGCAACUGUUUAUGAUUUUCAAAUAUUUUGAAACUGACAAUAAAAUGGAAUAUUCUAGCGGAUGUUUAAUUGUUACUUGUGAUGAUAUAAUUGUUGCUGAGGAUUUGACGUGGCUGUUUGUGGACAAUGAGGAAGAAUUUGUGGUCAGCAGGAAGCAACCGAUGAUGAACCUGGUUGAAAUUGAUAUCAAAGAUAAAUGUGUAUCAUUUAAUUUUCUUGACGAGCUGAAGAAUUCAGCAAUGGAAACAUGGAAGAUUCAAUUGGAGACAAAGAACUCAAUUGAGAUUCUAAUUAGUGCUAUCAAACAGCCUUGGGAGAAAUUAUUUUUAGUUCCACUGACUGUGAAUAUAUGA